AUGCCGCAUUCCACGCGCACAAAACGUCAGAACCCACUUACACAAAAACGUCUGCAAGUCACCGACGACGAUGGCUGGACCCACGUUACGACGGGAGGCAACGCACGGCGCACAAUGCGCGGGACAAAAGGGCCGAAGAAAGGUACUUCAAGCUCAGAUCGCACCGGCGCCACAACGGCAGCACAAGAUAUCGAGUCGGGGCCUGUACUGAGCCCCGCCGAAGCUCCUGGUCGACUAACCUUGGAGGCCUUGCAGGCGCAAUACGCUACGCAUCGAGAUACGUGGACUGGAUCGGAGACCUGGAACAAAUUGGAGAAAUUCUUGGAUGAACGCGUCCAAUCAGCGCAGGAUGAAUUUUCUGGUCUUGGUGCCGUGGAUAGAAUUGUAUGCAUUGGACUUGGGAGUCCGAGUGGGUUCCUCCGGGAUGGGUGGGUGGAUCGACGAAGUGUGUCGAUGUACCAGCUUGCUGCGCUGGAGAGGAUUAAGAAGAGACUUGGCUCUUCUGUUCCGGUCUAUGCGCAAGACCCCGUUUUCAAUAAAUUGGACUGCGCUCUUUUGGAUUACAUGGGGAUCACUGUUGUUGAGCACCCCGUUGGCUUUGAAAAUGUCACGCGUAACACGCUGCUCUUCUGUCCUGGCGCAGAGAGAAAGCAUCUUGAGUUGGUUCUCCCGUCUAAUCCAGGGUUCGUAUUUGGUGGACCUCUGGAGAAUACGGAGUCAGAAAUUAUUCAAACUUUUGUUGGAAAGAUGAGCUCGAGGGCUUUGGAGCCCUUCGCCAGCAAUGAGCAUGCUUUUUGGAUGACGAGGUUUUAUUUCCGAGAGGAAGAGGAGAAUGAUGAGGUGGAGUCAUGA